AUGGCAGAAGCUGGAGCCCACCUCACCAGCUCUGCGGCCCUGGAGCAGCCUUCCAUCUUUGAGGUUCUGGCACAAGAAUCUCUGAUGGAGGCAGUGAAACCUGCUCUGAGGCACGCAGUCAAGAUCUUGGCUGAAUCAAAUCCGUCGCGUUAUGGUUUCCUGUGGCGCUGCUUUGAUGAGCUCUACCUGAUGCUGGACGUCCUGCUGCAGAAACACUUCCUGUCCCACUGCAGUGCCUCCUUCUCAGAGAACUUCUACGGCCUCAAACGGGUUGGUGGAGGUCAGCAGGGACUGGCUCUCAAAAGCAGGUCCUAUUGGUGGUCCCUCCUCCUGCUGUGCCUCGUGCCGUAUCUGCGAGCCAAACUGGAGGCAGUGUUGGCCAAGCAGCGAGACGAGGAGGACUUCUCCAUCCGCCUGGGCCAGAGCCGCCUACAGAGGAUGUACCGGGCUGCAGUCGCCGCGUUCCCCUACGUGAGCUCGGCUGGACAGGCUCUGGUCUUCUGUCAGCAGCUGCUCUUUGUGUUCGGAGUGGCCAAGACUCACAGUCCUCUGCUGUGGCUCGCCCAGGUCCGACUGGCCCGACUCAGCGCACAGGACAUCAGGCACAUGCAGCUGCGCGAGGGGAGCGAGCCUGAGCCAACAGGAGGGAGAACAUGGCAGUUCCUCUCCAAGGCCACUAGAGGGAUCGCCGUGUCCCUGUCUACCUCCCUGUCCCUGGGUGUCUUCUUCUUGCAGUUCUUGGAGUGGUGGUACUCCUCUGAGAACCAGGACACAGUGAAGACCCUCACGUCCCUGCCUGCCCCUCCACCCCCCCUCCACCUGCGUCCGCCCAAUCAGAGCUCAGCAGAAUGCCAGCGAUACUACCAAACGUGUCCGCUGUGCCACAAGCCACGUUCCAACGCCACAGUCCUGUCCACGUCCGGGUUUGUGUUCUGUUACCGCUGCGUGUACACGUAUGUGAAGGCCCAGCGUCGCUGCCCUGUCACUGGGUUUCCCAGUGAACUGCAGCAGCUCAUAAAGAUCUACUCUCCAGAGAGCUAA